AUGUACAUCAUGAUGUCUUGGCUGGCAACCGAUAUUAAGUCUGAACUUGCCGAUCACUAUUUCUGGGCUGCCUUCCGCGGUGGGAAUAUUGACACAAGUCGAAAGGAUUUAGGCAUAGAGGUGCCCUUGGCGGUCCCGCGGCUUGCGAUUGACCGCUUGGCAACCUUGCGUCUCAAAUUCCAAGGUGCUUCCCGAAAAGGGAACGCACUUCACCAAGCACGAAUCUCUUUCAACGGACUUCAACUCGGUAGGGUUGCGGAGUGGAAGCGUCAAGGUUCCCAGGUCGCGACCCGCAGUAUUCCAUGGGCGCGCGUCCAUAACAAUCAGGUGAAUUUUAUGCGCAUUGAGGCGUUGGAUACUAACAAGACGCCUGCUGGCUCCUACGACUUCUAUCUCGAUUGGUAUGAAUUUGAUUAUUGGCGAAGUUUUCGUGCAGAGGCAAACCGUCUUGAGUUCAAUACCAAUACUGAACCUCGCAAUCGUGGCAAAGUCCACUACAGCGUCCGAAACAUCUUCCACGAUGCAAUUGAUGUGUAUCAAAUUGAUGAGAAUGGCAUUACCAGUAGGCUCACUGGUGGUAAAGUCUCCCGCAUUGGUGCCAGUCACCAAAUUCUCUUUGAGGAUACUGUCAACCAAUAUACGCGCUAUUUCGUCAUCAGCCGUUCUGCCUAUCGAAGCAUCAACGCGCUUGUUCCAACACCUCCAACGCCGCUGCGCAAUCCUUCUAACCAAGCAGACUAUGUUGCCAUUACGCAUCCGGACUUCGCCGAAAACAUUCAGCCGCUUGUCGAAUUUCGGCGUUCACAGGGUUUAACGACCAUGGUCGUUGAUAUUGGCGACAUCUACGAUGAAUUCAGCGAUGGUCUCUUUAACCCCGUUUGCCAUCCAGCGGUUCCUCCGGUAUGCCUAUAA